UAAAAGUGAAGGCUGUAAGGUGAGGAGAGAAGAGAAGAGAAGAGAAAGAGAAAAUAAAAGAAAAAGUAAAAGACAUGUAUGUGUCUGAGAUAGGGAGUGUUGGUGUGGGCGGCAAAUUGUGCGGCGACGCCUCUGCAUCAUCUUCAUUGACUUCAUGUUCUUCUUCAAUGGGAAUGAGAAUGGCUUUUGUUCUGAGAAACCCAUCUUUUCUAUUUCUAAAACAACAACGAACACCGUUCAAUUCCAAUUUCAAUUUCAACUUCAAUUUCAAUUUAAAGACCAAGAAGAAGAUGCGUUUGGUUAUCAAGUGCGCCGCCAACUCCAACUCCAACUCCAACCAGAAGCAGACUUCGUCGCCGUCGUCGGUGUUCUCAGUGACGUCAUCGAGUGGCAGUGAUUUCGAUUACUUGGGUCAGAGCACCAAAGGCGAUUUCAACCUCAACUCCGACCAUUUCGAUUCCUUUGUUGCAAUUGAUGGUCACUCAACCUUACAAGGCCCUAUUGAAGAAGUGGCCUCCAUCGAGACUCAAGAAGCUGAAAUUUUGCUUAAACACUUGGGCAUCCCGAAUCCUUCUUCGUCGAGAUAUUCGCUUCGCGGCAUAUUUUGCAGCCGCACCUUGAAUCUCCGCUCAAUCAGCGCCAUCGGAUAUGACAUGGACUAUACUUUGAUGCAUUACAAUGUGAUGGCUUGGGAAGGACGGGCUUAUGACUACUGUAUGGAGAAUCUAAAGAAAAUAGGUUUCCCGGUUGAUGGACUAGCUUUUGACCCUGACUUGGUUAUUAGAGGCCUUGUGAUAGACAAAGAGAAAGGGAACUUGGUUAAGGCUGAUCGAUUUGGUUACAUCAAAAGGGCUAUGCACGGCACAGAAAUGUUAUCUACCCGAGCUGUAAGCGAGAUGUACGGGAGGGAACUAGUGGAUCUCCGGAAGGAGAGUCGAUGGGAGUUUCUCAACACACUGUUCUCUGUUUCAGAAGCUGUGGCAUAUAUGCAGAUGGUUGACAGAUUGGAUGAUGGAACUAUACCGGCAGAACUCGGUCCAUUGGAUUACAAAGGGCUUUACAAGGCUGUUGGAAAAGCCCUCUUCAGGGCUCAUGUAGAGGGUCAGCUUAAGAGUGAGAUAAUGUCUAAGCCAGAACUUUUUGUGGAGCCUGAUCCCGAUCUACCUUUAGCACUUUUGGAUCAAAAAGAGGCUGGUAAAAAACUUCUGCUUAUUACCAACUCGGAUUUUCAUUACACCGACAAAAUGAUGCAGCAUUCCUUUAACAGAUUUCUUCCGAAUGAUAUGGGGUGGAGGGACCUGUUUGACAUUGUGAUAGUCUCAGCAAGGAAGCCGGAGUUUUUCCAGAUGUCACACCCAAUGUACGAAGUGGUGACGGGUGAGGGACUUAUGCGUCCAUGCUUCAAGGCUCAAACAGGGGGAUUGUACUCGGGGGGUAGCGCGCAGAUGGUCGAGAAUUACCUCAACAUCCAUGGAGAUGAAAUAUUAUACGUGGGUGAUCAUAUUUAUACGGAUGUAAGUCAAUCCAAAGUGCAUCUGCGCUGGCGAACAGCAUUGAUUUGUCGAGAGCUGGAAGAUGAGUAUCGUGCCCUGAUUCGUAGCCGAGCUCAUAGGGGGUCACUAAUAGAGCUUAUAAAUCAAAAGGAAGUUGUAGGAGAUCUUUUUAACCAACUCCGGCUUGCUCUGCAAAGGCGAACUAAAGGGCGUCCUGCUCAGACUCUUGCCGCGACUAACAUGGAUGAUCAAGAACUUACAGAUUCUAUGCAAAAGCUACUCAUAGUUAUGCGAAGACUAGACGAGAAAAUUGCUACUAUGCUAGAAGCUGAUGGAGAGCUUUUCAACAAGAGGUGGGGCUUUCUUUCACGUGCGGGUUUGUGGGACAAAAGCCAUUUAAUGAGACAGAUUGAAAAGUAUGCUGAUAUAUACACUUCUAGAGUCUCAAAUUUCUUACAUUACACUCCCUUCAUGUAUUUCCGCUCUCAAGAACAGACGCUUGCUCACGAUUCGUAUGGAUAUUACCCUUCCAAGUUAAAUGGUUCUGCUCUUGUUGACGGCCAAUAAAAGUGACAAUUACUCAUUGUCAUGUCAAUUUAUACAUUUUUAUGGCUUCGUAACAAAACUUGUAUCAGAUACAAGAAUUUAGACAUAAAUAAAAGUAAUA